UGAUAAACAAUAAAUUGAAAACGAGGCGUUGCGAUCAACAAUAUGGCGUGCGUGGACCAAAAUUCCAAUGCGGUUCUCCAAGGAAUUGCUCGACAUAUUAAUUGUUUGGGAGAAGAAAACAGAAAUACAAGAAAGAAAGCAUUAGAAGGCAUAAAGAAAGAAACGCUACUAAGAAAACCAGCUCUCGAGGCAUCAGAACUUCAAUUGGUGUUCAGUGAAGUAGCAAAACCUUUGUUAAAAGUUUUCUCAGAUCCUGUUGAAAAAUGUCGAGAAUUAUCCAUCGGUAUUUUUCGAGAGUUUACAAACAAGGUAGAAAAGGCCGAUGAGAGUUUACCGUAUGUUAUGCCAGUACUUGUUCAAAGACUAGGUCAACAAGAAAUCACAGAACCUUCAGAGGAAAUUCGGCUUAUGUUGUCAGAAUUUCUUACCCAGAUUGUGGAAUUUUCUGGAAAGAAAUUGUCAGUAUAUUUAGAUGACAUAAUAAGGAUUUUACAAAGGACAAUUAUUGACCCAUUCCCAGAUGUAAAGAAGGAGAGCUGUAGAUGUACUUCAAAAGUUGCAAAAACUAUUCCUGAAUAUUUCCAUAUGCAGUCAGAAUCUCUUAUUAAACCAUUGGUAAUGACAAUCACACACCAGCAUGCAAAAGUCAGAACUUUAGUAGUUGAAACAAUAGGUGAUGUUCUUCAGUAUGGCAAUGGUAAAUCAAUGGACAAUGUGGUGUCGCAUUUGGCCCAGCGAUUAUUUGAUGAUUCCCCGGCAGUCAGAAAGGCUGUGGUUAAAGUUGUCGGAGGGUGGCUGUUGGACUUGCCCGAUCGCUACUCCUUCCACCAUAAGUUAAUACCCCUCCUGUUAACCGGGCUAGCAGACACUCAGCCAGAGAUUGUAGAGCUAGCAGAUUCAUUGUGGUAUGAUGCAGGUCUAAAGUAUGAACAAGAAAAUGAAGGAGAGCUGAAGGAUCAGUUAGAUUUUUCCAAAGAGAAACCAGCACAUUAUCCACCUAAUGUGGAGAGACCAAACUUGGGCUGCCGAGUUUUGAUCAUGCGACACCUGUCUAAGAUUCUGCCAGCCCUGAUGAAGGACGUUACUGAUUGGGUCGUCGCCACCAGACUGAAGUCGGCAGCUCUCCUCUACUGGCUUCUCCUGAAUGCAGAGGAUUAUGUCACACAACACAUGGCCGUGUUAACCUCUGGGAUGUACAGAGCCUGCGCAGAUGAAGAGCGCCAAGUUGUCAAAGACGUACAGAAGGCAGCUGAGUUAGUGGGAUACUUUGUUUCUCCAGAAGUCUGGUGUAAGAUGAUACUCGCUAAUGUGAAAUCCAUGCAAUCAUUCAAUCCUCUGAUGAUCCUGGCUGCUGUCAUCAGGGGAUCAGAGCGGUCCACACUAAAUCCUUACCUUCCCAAGAUCAUCACGGCACUGAACGACUCAGACAUAUGUUACACAACACAGGUACAGAUGCACUCCCAGCUGUUAAACUGUACGUCGGCGAUUCUCCAGGUGUGUCAGGAGGACUGUGGGUUGGUCAGUCAGCAGCUCUUUAACCUCCUCAUCACUGUUCUGUCCCAGAAUCAGGACUCGAGAGAUCAGGUAAAUGACCUUCUAGACAAGUUAUAUAAGGUCCAAGUCAUGGAAUCCCGACAGGAACUGUUCAGUAGACACACUAAGCCUCUGAUAGAGGAGCUGAAGGCUACAGUAACUAUGUGGUCAGUUCACUCCACUGAGAGACUGGUGUUUGAUACCCUGCUUAUUGAAUGCGGACCAGUUGUUGGCGAUCUUCUUGAUGACGUGGUGCCAAUUUUUGUGACCAACCUUGACCCAGAUAAGGACCCUGAGCUGCGACUGAAGUUCUUCUCCUUGCUGUCCAGACUGGUGAUGAACUCCGGUUCUACGCUGGACUCCUGUCAUAAGUUUGGGGAGUUUGCCGUGACAGUCGUGAGGGACAUUAUCGUCCCUAACUGUCUGUGGAAGGCAGGACGCGUGGCGGGGGCCAUCAGAACUACCGCCGUAUCCUGUAUGUGGGCACUGCUACAGAGUGGUGUCCUCAGCAAGGAAAUGCUGUCCUCUGUUGUUGAAGAUCUCUUAACUCAGAUGAUUACAACAUUGGACGAUGACAACAAAAGUACAAGACUCAUUUGUUGUCGAGUUAUGACCAGAUUAUUUGAUCUGAUGGGUGCAGAAUUAGGUCAAGAUCGCCUGCACAAUAUGUAUCCAGAUCUUCUCAAACGUUUAGAUGACAGCAGUGAUGAAGUCAGAGUCACUGUCUCUAAGACGUUUUUGGCCUAUUUUGACUGCUUUGAAAAUGGAUAUGAUGUCACAUUGUAUAGAGCUCAUUUAGAGGCAAUUUACAAAGGACUCCUGGUGCAUCUAGAUGACCCAGAGCAAAAAAUACAAGAAGCAAUAUUAGAGGUACUGAAGAAAUCGGGGUCAAUCUGCCCUACAAUGUUACUACAAGAGGUUGAGGAAGUGAAACAUAAACAUCGAACAUCUGUAUACUGCAAUAAACUAAUGGAGUACCUCAAAGGACUGCUAUAACUGAGACUGCCCAGAAGCAUCACUGCCAAUGUGUUCUUUUGAGUCUAAUUUAUC